AUGUCUUCCAUUCCAUCUCUUGUCGAGAUUGACUCUCUCAAAAUCCAAGUCAUCAUCGACAAUGAGCUGGAUCCUCUCUCCCAGCCUGCACCGGACACCGUCCACCUAACCGGCGGAACCAUGCCUCUAAUUGCGCUGUCAACCUCGCCAUCUCUUCAACCUGGUGAGCGCGGCGAUGCAGUCAAGGAAUUUCGUAUGGAGGACAUCUGCUGUUCUGCGCACGGGCUGUCUAUUAUGAUAACCGCAACUAGAGGAGAUGUCAAACGAACGGUAUUAUUCGACACCGGACCUGAAGCGCAAGCAUGGGAGAGAAAUGUCAAUCGACUCAAAGCCGAUAUAUCGCAGAUUGACUUGAUUGUAUUGUCACAUUGGCAUCGUGACCAUUCCGGAGGCAUGUUGAAAGCACUUGAUAUGAUCAAACAAGCAAAACAAUCCAAGUCAGAAUACGACGAAGUGGUGGUCGACGUACAUCCGUCUCGUCCGGACUACCGGGGCUUCGCGUUAGGUGACAGGAUUGUCUCUCUUGAAGCCGAUCCCAGUUUGCAAGAGAUCAUCGAACACGGAGCAACACUUAAUAAGCACGACGAGACUCACGCUGUCCUUGACGAUAUGUUUCUCGUCUCUGGUGAGAUCCCGCGUGAGACAUCUUAUGAGAACGGAGUCAAGUUUGGGAUGAGAUUUGAUCAGUCCGAGAAUGAUUGGAUAUCUGAUGAGAAGAUCGCUGAUGAGCGGUUCCUGAUGUGUAACUUGAAAGACAAGGGAAUAGUCGUCUUCACCGGGUGCAGUCACGCAGGCGUAGUCAAUACCUCUCGGUAUGCCAGCAAAUUAUUGAACAACAACAACAACCAUGACAAGGGCAAAAGCAACGUGCCUCUCCACGCCGUUGUGGGCGGAUACCAUCUGGCUACUUCCAACGAUGUGAAAAACAUCGAUGCUACCGUCAGUGAUUUAAAGUCUCUUGAUCCAGCGAUUAUGAUGGCAGGACACUGUACGGGGUGGCGCGCCAAAUUUUGUAUUGAGCGUGAAAUGCCUGGGAGUCUUGUGCCGUGCUGCGUUGGGAUGAGCUAUACUUUCUAG